CUCUGUGUCGCUUCAUCAUCCGCCGAUUAGCAAGUGUCAUGUGGAGUCGUAGCGUAUUUGCACUUGUGGGUACCGCGGUGGCGCUGGUGUCUGCCCAAGUACAAGAGAUCGAUAUCUUACCUUUGCUGCCGUUCCGGCCUUACCAUCUUCCUCGCAUGCGAUGGACGGACCUCAAUCGAGUACUCGGCGAACAAGCCAGCGAAAAGAUGAUUGUGAGCAAGCCAAUGGACACCAUGUUGGGCAAGAUCAAUGUCCCCAAGGAAGACCAGAAAGCAUUCAAUGCGUUGUCGGCCAUGGAAGUCAAGAGUUUACACGGUGACGCCGAAUUCGUGGACGAAAAACAAGUGUGGAUCGCGUUCGACUUGAUCCACGAAGGCGACAUUCCGUCUGCGAUCGAGUUGUUGGACCAGGUAAAGGAACAAGCAUCGCGACAGUUCGGGACCAAGCACCCGCUGUACGCGAACGCACUCGCCGAUCUCGGGUAUGCGUACAUGAAGCAGAAGGACUACAUCAAGUCCAACUCGUUGCUCGUCGAAGCCAUGGAGCUCGACGAAGAGCUCCAAGACAAGUUUGGCGUGUACAACACUGCCGCGUCCAUCAACCUCAUGGCCGCGUCGGCACUUGCGUCUGGCGCGGGCAACUUUAACGCGCUGAGCAAUGCUUACGAGGCUGCAUUCAACGCCUUGCACAAGGAAUCGCAUGCUUCGCAAUUCGAAAUCCUCAUGAACUUGGCCAACAUGUACAGACUCCACUGGCUGCCCCUUCGCUCGAUCAACAUGUUCAAGCUGGCCAAGCAAUAUGCACCGAAUCCGUCUGUGAAGUACGCCGACUUGCUCGUCGGUCUCGGGGCCAGCUACAUCAUGGAGGGUGAAUUCCAACAAGGACAUCGCAUCCUGUUGUCCGCCGUCGACAUGUACGAAUCGUUGGAUCGACACUCGAGCCAUGGCCAUUUAGAAGCAACGUACUACUUGGCAACGUCCGAGUUGCUCCAGAAGAAGUAUGGCGCCGCCUUAGCUCGGUUUCAAGCCGCCAGGAAAGCGCUGACCACGGAAACGUUUCCAUGUGCAAAGGCCACCCUCAUGACGUCUAUCGGAGCCUGCAUCGCCGCCAUGGGCUACACAGACAUGGCCAUUGGAAUGCUCGACGCAGCCAACGCCCUCUUGUCUGCGCACGCCACGACAUUGGAGAACGAACUGUUUGCGCCGUACAUUCACUUAAAGAUUGACCAUUUGCUCGCGACGCUAUGGGACCAAGACAAACAAGCGCCACACGCCAAGCAACAAAAACAUGCGGCCGCCGCGUAUGAAGCAGCUGUGACACUGUUUGGAGACACACAUGCGUUGGCAGUGGCGCACAAAGUGGUGUAAUACAAACCACACAAAUACUAAUAGUAGUAGUAAUCGUGGGAGUAGUUAGUAGUCAAGUGCGUUAGCCCACUUCCUAUUACUGUAGUACUACGUAGUAUUACAGUAAGUUAGUGUCCACUAGUAGGAAGUAGUAGU